UUUCCCGUGGUGCAUAGGGGUUCGCGUCGUGCUCCACAGCACUCGUGUAGAGUCUCCAAGAUGGCGGCGUGGGGAAGGAGGCGCGGUGUCCCAGCCAGCAGAGAGAGGGGGGCGCUGUCUGCCACCGACUGCUACAUCGUCCACGAGAUCUACAACGGCGAGAACGCCCAGGAGCAGUUUGAGUACGAGCUGGAGCAGGCCCUGGAGGCGCAGUACAAGUACAUCGUGAUCGAGCCCACCCGCAUCGGCGACGAGACGGCCCGGUGGAUCACCGUGGGGAACUGUCUGCACAAAACGGCGGUCCUGUCCGGGACGGCCUGCCUGCUGUCGCCGCUCUCGCUGUCCCUCGAGUACUCGCGCUACGUCGCCCUGCCCGCCGGGGCCCUGAGCGUGGCCUGCGCGGCCCUCUACGGCAUCUCGUGGCAGUUCGACCCCUGCUGCAAGUACCAGGUGGAGUACGACACCCAGAAACUGUCGCGGCUGCCGCUGCACACGCUCACCUCGUCCACGCCCGUGGUGUUGGUGAGGAAGGACGACAUUCACAGAAAGAGACUCCAUAACACAAUCGCGCUCGCCGCCCUGGCGUAUUGCAUCAAGAAGAUUUACGAGCUGUACGCCGUAUGACUGGGCGGGGCCUCGAGUGUUGGAGCGUGGGGUCCCGGCGCCAGUGCACUGAUUACUAAGCCGAUGCGAGACCCCCGUUUUAGACAGGUGUGCGUGUACUAAAUGACGAUCAGGGGAGGACUGGACUUCUCAUCCAAAAAUGAAAUCCCAACGAUGACGUUUUAUAAAUGGCCUCGAGAGGCCCGCCGCUAUUUUUCUUGGUAGUUGUAUUGUACCUUUUAUUGGUGGUCAGAAAAACAAAAGAAACAAACAAAGAAACAAACAAACAAAAAAAAAAAAAAAA